UGUUCCUCUCACACGUAAUCACUUUCUAAUCUCAAUCUAAUCUCAUCUCUUCACUCUCGACUCUCGAGAUCCAUCUCAGAUCUGAAUUCCGGACGCAGAGCUAUUCUGUCGACGAAGAUCAAGAUGUUGUUCUUAUUGUUGUAAAAGAUUGCCUUUUUUUUUCUGUUUUGUACAAUCAAGUCAGCAAGGUUAUGAGCAGUAGAGUAAAUUUCGAUCCUUCUUAACGCUGCUUUGGUUGUGCUUAAUUUGUCUUGCUGGUGCUAGUGAUAUGGGAUUUUUUCCAUGGUGUGAGAAGUCAGGGAAAAGAACUAUCAGAAAUGCCUUACUUAGAACCCAUCACCUGUCUCUCCUCCUUUCUCCUGUUAUCUCCUUUUGGGAUUGCAUCUUUCGCAAAAUCAGAUACUCCUUCAGACCUGAAUGCGUGUAGGAUUACAGUUUCAACUGAUUGACUACUUAUUAACUUUGAGCAAAUUUAGCAUAUAUUAGUUUGUUGUUAGAUUCAGCAAUCAAUCUUCUGUCAUACUAGAGGUUUUUUUAAGGCAUAGUUUAAGUUUGGUGUAUCUGUGGGAUAAUAAGAAUGGAGAAAGUAAGAUGUGGUCAGGCAAAUCCAAUGUCAAAGAAAGGGAAAAAGAAGCAGGUGAAAGGCGAGCUAGAUCGAAUGAAGCAGGCUGAGAAGAAAAGGAAACGUUUAGAGAAAGCACUUGCAGCAUCUGCAGCCAUACGGUCUGAGCUAGAAAAGAAGAAACAAAAGAAACUAGAAGAGCAGCAAAGGCUCGAUGAGGAAGGUGCCUCAAUUGCUGAAGCAGUUGCCCUUCAUGUUCUCGGGGAGGACACUGAUGAACCCUGUCACUUUGCAAUGAACCAUUCUGCUCGGAACAACUGUUGGAAUUAUUCAGGCAAUAUUGAUCUGUUCAUGGGUUAUGAAAGCUCCGGAAAACAUUGUUUAGAUGAUCUAAAUCAGGCAAGCAGUGCGUAUGAGCCUGUGUGGAAGUGUAACAGGCUGGGCAAUCAGUCAGUAUGUCCACCUCAAACAUAUACGAAAGGUCGUCAAUUAUCACCCCAAGAAGGAACAAGUCAAGUAACUGAUUUUUCCGUAGGUCUCUUGGCAGCUCAAGCUGUUUCAUCACUGCAAAUUGCAGAAGAUCCAAAUUGUGCUCGAUUUUCUGGACAAGGCACAACAACUGUUCUUAUUAAUAAAAUGCUGGGAGGCCGCAGGUUGCAACAAUGGUAAAAAAAAGUUGAAAUUUACAAGACACGGCAUUUUAUUGUGAUAAGCCUGUAUAUAGCUACAACAUGUAUCUUCUCUCUGGAAAACAUACAUUCACCUUCCACUCGGUGGUUAUGUAUUGCAAACCGUGUGCGUGUGCAGUUCUAAUCUUUUAAGUAGCUACCUGUUUGGGUGAGAUUUUCCAGUUUUAUGCAACUAAAAUUAUCUGA